CCCUGACCUCGUGAAAGUUGAAAACCCUUGUUAAUAUAGGCCUCUCGCAAACAUUACAUAAAACCACUCUCUCUCUCUCUCUCUCUCUCUCUCUCUCUGUGUCUUGGCCACUCACCACUCCACCAGGGAUUUAUCUAGGGUUUCGUCUCUCUGUCAGCCAUGGCGAAGCCAAGCCAAGGCCGUCGCUCGCCACUUUCAGGCUCCGGUUCUGACUCAUCGUCACGCUCCCGCUCGCGUUCGCGCUCCUUCUCAGGCACCGACUCGCGCUCCAGCUCUCGAUCUCGCUCCAGGUCCUUCUCUUCCUCCUCUCCGUCCCGGAGUGGCAGCUCUCGUAGCCGAAGCCCUCCCUCCAAAAAAAGUCCUGAAGUUCCUAGACGAGGUCGUUCUCCACCACCACAAGCUAAAAAGGCAUCUCCACCCCCAAGGAAAGCUUCUCCAAUUCGCGAGUCACUUAUUCUUCACAUUGACCAGCUUACGAGGAAUGUGCAUGAAGGCCAUUUACGAGAAAUAUUUUGUAACUUUGGUGAUGUUGUCAAAGUGGAGCUGGCAAUGGAUCGUGCUGUUAAUCUUCCAAAAGGAUUUGGAUAUGUUGAGUUCAAGACGAGAGCAGAUGCUGAAAAAGCACAGUUAUAUAUGGAUGGCGCUCAAAUUGAUGGUAAUGUAAUCCGAGCGAGGUUUACAUUACCUCAGCGUCAGAAGGGAUCACCACCACCUAAGCCUGUUUCCACUGCUCCAAAGAGAGAUGCUGUGAAAACUGAUGGUGUCAAUGCUGACAAAGAUGGACCGAAGCGACCAAGGGAAGCUUCUCCUCGUCGGAGGCCACCUCUCUCACCACGAAGGAGAUCCCCUGUAGCUCGCAGAGGUGGAUCUCCAAGACGACCGCCAGAUUCUCCACCACGUCGUCGUGCUGGCUCUCCUGCUCGUCGUGGUGAUACUUCUCCAAGGAGGAGGCUUGCAUCUCCAUCUAGAGGUCGUUCUGGAUCUCCGCCACCAAGGCGACGUUCCCCUGUUAGGAUACGUGGCAGUCCCAUUCGUAGACGCUCUCCUUUUCCUCCAAGGCGCCGUUCACCUCCUAGACGGGUUCGUAGUCCUCCCAGAAGGUCUCCAAUCAAUCGUAGGCGUAGCCGGUCUCCUAAUCGUAGGCUUGCUCGAUCACGAUCAAGGUCAAUCUCGCCGCGGAGAGGUCGAGGGCCACCUACUAGACGUGGGAGGUCGUCAUCAUACUCUGGAUCACCUAGUCCAAGGAAGGUACCCCGAAAGAUAUCUCGUAGUCCAAGAAGGUCUUUGAGGAGAAGAAGCAGUAGCAAGAGCAGCAGCAGCAGUUCACCUCCUCGUAAGCCAUAGGUCUUUACGAGAAACAAGCAGUAGCUGUUCCCCCUCCCUCUUGCACUCAGCAGCCAUGGAUAUGUAAUAUCAAGAUUCGCUAGAGUUACUGAUAUUCUCGGAGUUCAUAUUUCUUUUUGUAUUGAUGUUCCCCCUCCCUCUUGCACUCAGUAGCCAUGGAUAUGUAGUAUCAAGAUUCGCUGGAGUAACUGAUGUUCUCGGCGUUCAUGUUUCUUUUCGCGUUGAUUACGAGCCAACAGGGUGCAGUUGUGCUAUUUUGAGCUAGUCUUUUAGUUGUUUAACUUGUUUAUUUCCAUGACUGUAUCCACAUAAUGUGGGAACGAAGUAUGAUGCUUGAUUGAACAUUGGUAAAAAUCUAUUGUAUAAACAGGUGUAUGAUAUGAAUUUUUUUUUUAAA